CCGGAAAGUCUUCUUUUCUUUCAGCCAAACAGGUUCUUCUCCACUCCAGAAAGGACCGAGGUGAAGCGGGACAUACAGCGACGGCGACUGGCUCGGGUGCUCUCUGUCUGCUGCGUUCGCUUGAGUCUUCCACGGAAGUCAACUGGUCUUUCUUCGUCUCACUCUCGUCCGCAUUUGUCGUCUCCUUCGGUCUCGAUUGCUUCACCCUCCUUCGUCCGCCGUCUUCUGCCUCCCGCGUUCUCCCUCCGUCACCUUCAUCCCUCCUCUCUCCUCUCCCGCGUUCUCCAUCCUUCUCUCCUCAUGCGUUUCCUCUCCAUCUUCGCUCCUGCCGAGCCAAAGGCGGAGCGUCCUCCUCCGCGGUCUUUUUCUCCUCCUCAACCUUCUGCUUCCUCCGCUUCUUCACCUCCACCCUCUUCUUCCUUCUCUUCGUCGGCUUUUGGAGCUUCCUCGACUCAAACCUGUGCAUGUUUUUCCUUGUAUUUGCAUGACAAGCGCGUCGUUCAAGAGCAGAUGUUCCUCGAACGCCAUGUCGACGCGUACCAUCUCGUAGCUUGUCUGUUGGAUCGCUAUCCUCCGCAUUUGAUUCAGAACGACGCGGACUUGGUCGAAGUUCUCUACCGCUUCGAACUCACCGCCAGGGCGUACCGCCUCCUCGAGCAAGACACCUGCGCGGCAAACCUCAGACGCAAACCGACUCACUUCUCUCAACUGGUCCAAAAGUUCUCCUUCCGGCCUUCUUCAUCCUCGGCCUUCUCUUCUUCUGGAGAGUCUCGAGACGGUGUCGAGGAUGGAAAUGUGUUGAGUGUAACUCAGGAGAGCGCUGAAGGUACACGAGGAGGGGAGAAGAGAGAACAGAGCGAGGAAAAUUGCUUUCAUGCCCAUCGCGAGAAGAGCGUCUCCCUGGCAUGUCGAUCGCCAGACUGUGCGCUCCGACAGUUCUGCGAGCGCGACCAGUCCAGCGAGUGCAACUGCGGGCACCAGCUGAGAGACUUGCGGCUUCGAGGCAUCGAAUCGCGCGCGCAGAGAGAGGGAGACCGCGCAUCCACUCCUGCAACGCAUCAAAGCAUUACAGAAAACGAGGAGAAGGAGGACGAGGAAGACAGCUCACUCUGCGUCGGUGACUUUCCAGUUCUCCCGGGGACGCUCCUCGAGCGAGUGAUGCAGCAGCCCCUCCACCCUCUCGUCACAGGACGAAAGCCAAAUGCUUGGCAUCACGCCGUGGAGGAAGAGGACAUGCGCGUUUUCGUCAGGAACUACGCGGAUAAUCGAGAGCUGUUAACAUUUCGGAUCGAGGGCGACGUCGAGGCGCCGCUCGAGGCGAUUCUCUCUGUGCUCAACGAAGUCGAUCUCUUCAAAACCUGGGUGCCCUACUUUUCGCGUCCAGUCAAACUCGGACUCCGAGACGUCGUCGGGACUUCCUUGGGCCGCGUCGACCAGCUGGUUCAGUUCCACGUCGACUUCCCCUGGCCGCUGUCGAACAGAGACGCUCUCUUUGAGGUCUGGGCGGUCGACGACUUCGAGAGAAAUUCGCAGAUUGCCGUGAAAAUGACGACCCUCGACCAUGAGUCUCCGAGUCCCCGACAUCGAGUUCCAGUCACACAGCCUGCAGAGGGCGUGGAGCGCAUGUGCGUCGACGGAAACCUUGUGAUCAUUCCUCGAGGCAGCAACGCCUCGUUUCUUCGCCUCCUGUGGCACACGAACUGUCGCAUGCACGUCCCCAUGAAAAUGGUGGAAUUUGUCUCCAAGAUUUUUUCGCGGGGGGCGUUCAGUGCUUUUCAGAGUGCAUGCAAGGCAGCCAUGACGGGCGAGCAUGAGGCGAGGCGAACGAAAAAUCGGUUUCUCUACGGUUUCAUUGAAGAUCGGCUGAGGGACGUCGGACUUAUCGGGGGGACCAUAAAGAUCCCUGCCGGCCCGGAAGUGUCUGGAGAGCAGACGACAGACACAGAGUUCCACGGAGAGUCGGCUGCGAGGCGGCAGGAGGAGGACGACGACGACGAGUUCUUCGACCCAGAAGAAGACGACGAUGGCGACAGUCGCUGUCCGGCACACAGGGCGCCAAAGAGCCUCUCAUGUUUAUAAAUAUGAAAAGGGUGCAAGCGAUUCCGACCAGAACUCUGCAACUCAGUCUCUUCUCAUAUGGGGAAUUACAUCUGUGAAGUGACGGUGCCUCAAAUUCCAACCGUUCUCCGCGGAAGAGGGGACACGAUCAUCAAAAAGAACGAACUCACACACGUGGAAACGCGCAUCUACAUACGUCUGUGUGCGAUGGCCGAUCUGCAUGCAUACGCGGUUGUGUCAUUUGAAGUCGCUCGUAGAAUGUCGGGAGCGAAUUCCAGCCACGGUCUUCUUCUGAUCGGGGUUGAUUCCGUAGCCAGAAAACAUCGAGGCUGUUUAGAGCCACGCAUCGAAUGCGAGGAGUUCAGAACUUGUGUGGAAGGGGACAGAAUGGAAUGGCAAGUUGCUUGGCACCUGAAGUCGUAUGUAUAUAGGGAUUUUCAUCUGGCUUGUCUACGUUUUUUCGGUGAGAGAACUAUCCUUUUUUGUGACCUGUGAAGAAAGGAGGGGGCUAGACGACCACGCUGACUAGUGGUGUGGCUUCCUCCGUCUAAGCGAAAACGCAUAGAGAGUCUCGUCCUGGUUUACCAGUCAGAAGUAUGAAGGGAAUUAGAGCUCAAGAAACGCAUGGCACUAAGGUACAGACGACAUCCAUUGGUGCGUCGUACACAUAUUUUCGUGGCCAUGCAUUUGCUUUUUAAGGCAUAGUUGUCUAAAUAUGUGUGAAGCUCUGUUUUUGCAGAGAGAGGUUUCAUUGUGCAUGCCUGCCGUGACACGAUAGGACUCAGAAACUGUGUCUGAACAGAUAUGUAAAAGACACCUGGCC